GUUGAAGCAGUAGUUGGAGUUCGGUGGGUGGGUUGAGUGUUUGCUUUGUUGGGGGACUGACGAAGAUAGCAGGGAAGGAAAACAAAAAAAUAAAACAAAAACUGUGUCUGAAACAUGAAAGGAAAGUUCUGAGGUGGAUGGGCGUCUGAGUGAGGUGGGGGGAGUGGGUGGUUUCCGAUGGUUUGAACGCGAUGGGGGAGCAAUUGGUACUCCAGUCCGCGGGCUGUUCAGGUGGCAGGUCCCCGAUGAGGGAGCAUCCCUCAGCCGCCGCCGUCCAGAAGGAUGAGCCGGAGGCCGGCCCGAGAGAGCGCGGGGCGCCCCCAGCGCCGGCCCGGUGCUUCCCCCGGCUGCCCAAGAAGAGGCACCGGCGUCGCCCGUCCAAGAAGAAGCGGCGCUGGAAGCCGUACUUCAAGCUGUCGUGGGAGGAGAAGAAGAAGCUGGACGAGAGGGAGAGCGUGCGGGCGGCCAAGACCCGCGCCGAGAUGUUCGCCAAGGGCUUCACGGUGGCCCCUUACAACACCACCCAGUUCCUGAUGGAGGAACACAACCAGGAGGAGCCCGACCUGAACCCGGGGGGAGGUGCUGGUGCUGGUGGUGCUGCUGGAGGAGGGGGACCCCCCCGGCGGGCCGCCAAGUCUGACGAGACCAGCGAGGAGGACGAGCUGCUGCUGCUGGACGAGGAGGAGCAGCAGGACAGCGGCAGCGACGGCAUGGGGGGCGACGGCGGCGGCGAGUUCCUGCAGAGGGACUUCUCCGAGACCUACGAGAAGUACCACGCCGAGAGCCUGCAGAACAUGACCAAGCAGGAGCUGAUCCGCGAGUACCUGGAGCUGGAGAAGUGCCUGUCCCGCCUGGAGGAUGAGAACAACCGGCUGAGGGGCCGCCUGGACGGCAGCAAGGCGGCGGUGAGAGGAGGCGAUGCGGCGGAGGAGAAGCAGAUGCGGGAGAUCGAGCACGAAGUGGAGGAGCUAAAGGCUGAAAAUCAGAGACUGGAGAGAGAGAAUGAACUGUACAAAAAAGGAAGGUGUUUAGAGAACGGAAAAUAAGAAUCCGGACAUUAACCCCCAUAAAAUGUAUAUAUUUUAAUUGUAAGCGUUUUAUAAAAAUGCAUUGGAAGAACGUCUUUUUUUUCUCCUACUAUCCCCAUUUGUGUGUACGGUUUCUGUUGAACUUUUUAUGAUGUGCAACUUAUUUCUUCCCCUGUGGUCAAGGUAAAUAUAGUAUUUUACUGACCAACUUUUUCAUCGGUUGUGACAAGUCCUGUAUAUCUCCAUAAUGACAUCUAAGAAAGUGAGAAUAAAUGUAAAUUUAGUGAAGUUAUAA